AUGAUCCAGAACAUAGUUCAGUUCUGCGGCUUGGCUAAUGAAGAUCCAAACACUCACAUUGCCAACUUCUUGGAGAUAUGCGACACAUUCAAGCACAAUGGAGUUAGUGAUGAUGCUGUGAGGCUCAAAUUAUUUCCAUUGUCGUUGAAGGACAAGGCCAAGACUUGGCUGAACUCUCUACAAGCUAGAUCGAUCUCUACUUGGGAUGAAAUGGCCAGUCCCUUCCUAUCAAAGUAUUUCCCUCCAUCCAAGACUGCAAAGAUGCGGAAUGAUAUCACCACUUUCUCUCAGCAGGACGGAGAAUCAUUAUAUGAAUCAUGGGAGCGCUACAAGGAAUUACUGAAGAAGGUCCCUCAUCAUGGACUUCCCGUUUUACUCCAAGUUCAGACGUUCUACAAUGGUUUAACUGAAGCAAACAAGACCAUUAUGGACGCUGCAGCUGGGGGAUCCAUUAAUAACAAGACCCCUAAAGUUGCCCAUGCACUUAUUGAGGAAAUGGCUGCAAAUAAUUAUCAGUGUCAUUCCGAGAGAGCCCAAGUUAGGAGACAACCCGACCUUCACAAUGUAGACACCUAUAUAGCACUAUUUGCACAAAUCAGCGCCCUCAGCAAGAAGAUCGAUGAAAUGCAGUUGGCAACCAUGCAUGUUCACGCCGUAGCCUGUGAAUGGUGUGGGGGAGGUCAUAUCAGCACCGAAUGCCAAGUUGGAAAUCAGUUCAUGCAGUCCCCUGAGCAAGUAGAUUUCGUAGGGAAUUUGCAAAGGCAGCAAGGCAAUCACUAUCCUCGUGCCUUUAACCCCGGAUGGAGGAAUCACCCCAAUCUGUCUUGGUCAGAUCAAAAUGUGGUGAAACCCCUCCCUCAAAACUUCACUCAGCUAGAAAAGAAAUCUAAUCUAGAGGAGCUAAUGACCAAGUUCAUAUCAAGUGCGGAAACAAGAUUUCAAAAUCAAGAGGCAUCGAUCAAGAAUUUGGAGACUCAAGUGGGGCAGUUGGCACAAAUUCUAUCCUCUAGAGUUCAAGGUACCUUGCCCAGCAAUACAGAAGCGAAUCCAAGAGAACAAGUGCAAGCCAUUACCUUGAGGAGUGGUAAGGAGCUGCAAGAGGUGGAGAAGAAAUAA